UUCGGUGGGGCCACUGCUCUUGAGGGAAUAAUGCGGCCGCUGCUCCGGCCUUCGCCGGCUGGAGUGCUGGCAUCCGUCUAGCCGGAGCUACGGCUGAUGUUCAUUGUUAUGAUGUGCUAUCGAACAAGUGGUCGAGGCUCACUCCUCUUGGAGAGCCUCCUUCACCGAGAGCUGCUCAUGUUGCUACAGCUGUGGGAACGAUGGUAGUAAUUCAGGGUGGAAUUGGACCAGCUGGAUUGUCUGCGGAGGACCUCCAUGUUCUAGACUUAACUCAGCAGAAACCGCGAUGGCACAGGGUGGUUGUUCAAGGACCUGGUCCUGGACCUCGAUAUGGUCAUGUGAUGGCUUUAGUGGGUCAGAGAUUUCUAUUAACGAUUGGUGGAAAUGAUGGGAAGCGGCCUUUAGCUGAUGUCUGGGCUCUAGAUACUGCUGCGAAGCCAUAUGAGUGGAGAAAGUUGGAACCUGAAGGUGAAGGCCCUCCUCCAUGCAUGUAUGCAACAGCAAGUGCACGUUCUGAUGGUCUUCUUUUGCUUUGUGGAGGGAGAGAUGCAAACAGCGUGCCACUGGCAAGUGCCUAUGGUCUUGCUAAACACAGAGAUGGUCGUUGGGAGUGGGCUAUUGCUCCUGGUGUCUCUCCAUCUCCUAGAUACCAACAUGCUGCUGUUUUUGUAAAUGCACGCCUUCAUGUAUCUGGAGGGGCUCUUGGUGGUGGCCGCAUGGUAGAAGAUUCAUCGAGCAUUGCAGUACUGGAUACUGCUGCUGGAGUUUGGUGUGACACAAAAUCAGUGGUUACUAGUCCCAGGACAGGAAGAUACAGCGCUGAUGCAGCUGGUGGUGAUGCUUCUGUCGAACUGACACGACGGUGUAGACAUGCAGCAGCUGCAGUUGGUGACUUGAUUUUCAUUUAUGGAGGGCUACGUGGUGGUGUGCUUCUCGGCGAUCUACUUGUUGCAGAGGAUCUGGCUGCUGCUGAAACAACAAGUGCGGCAAAUCACGCUGCCGCGGCUGCAGCAGCGUCCAACAUAGAACCUGGAAAGUCACCUGGACGAUACACCACCACUGAUGAACGAACUAGGCAAGGAGCUGAAGCAGUUGCUGAUGGUUCAGUUGUGCUUCCUGAUGGUUCAGUUGUGCUUGGAACACCAGUUGCUCCUCCUGUCAAUGGGGAUAUGUAUACUGAUAUAAGUAGUGAAAAUGCUAUGAUUCAGGGACCAAGGAGAUUGAGUAAAGGUGUUGAAUACCUGGUAGAAGCUUCAGCAGCAGAAGCUGAAGCAAUAAGUGCUGCUUUAGCUGCUGCUAAGGCCCGACAAGAGAAUGGUGAAUCUGGACAAUUGCCCGAUCGAGAUGGCAGUGCAGAGGCUAGUCCUAGUGGGAAACAGACCCCACCACUAACUAAAGUGCCAGAGUCUUCAUUGUCGAAUAGUAUCAUGCCACCUGGGGUCCGGCUACAUCAUAGAGCGAUAGUUGUGGCUGCAGAGGCAGGGGGUGCUUUGGGAGGUAUGGUCCGUCAACUCUCCAUUGACCAGUUUGAGAAUGAAGGCAGGAGAGUGAGUUAUGGUACUCCUGAGAGUGCAACUGCAGCUAGGAAAUUAUUGGAUAGGCAAAUGUCCAUCAAUAGUGUGCCUAAAAAGGUUAUUGCACAUCUUUUAAAGCCUCGUGGUUGGAAGCCCCCUGUUCGCAGACAAUUCUUCUUGGAUUGCAACGAAUUAGCAGAUCUGUGUGACAGUGCUGAAAGAAUAUUUUCGACUGAGCCAAGUGUCCUGCAAAUCAGGGCUCCUGUUAAAAUAUUUGGUGAUCUACACGGUCAAUUUGGGGAUCUCAUGCGUUUAUUUGAUGAGUACGGUGCUCCUUCAACAGCUGGGGACAUAGCUUAUAUCGACUAUCUAUUUUUAGGCGAUUAUGUUGAUCGGGGUCAGCACAGUCUGGAAACCAUCUCUCUUCUUCUUGCACUGAAGGUUGAAUAUCCUCAUAAUGUACAUCUAAUUCGCGGAAACCACGAGGCAGCAGAUAUCAAUGCCUUAUUCGGCUUCCGGAUUGAAUGCAUAGAGCGAAUGGGAGAGCGAGAUGGAAUCUGGGCUUGGCAUCGUAUAAAUCGACUAUUUAAUUGGCUUCCUUUGGCCGCACUAAUUGAAAAGAAAAUCAUUUGCAUGCAUGGAGGUAUUGGUCGGUCUAUAAAUCAUAUAGAGCAAAUAGAGAACCUACAACGCCCAAUUACGAUGGAAGCAGGCUCAGUUGUUCUUAUGGAUCUAUUAUGGUCUGAUCCAACAGAGAAUGACAGUGUUGAAGGUUUAAGACCAAAUGCGAGAGGACCAGGCCUGGUUACCUUCGGGCCUGACCGAGUCAUGGAGUUCUGCAAUAACAAUGACCUCCAGUUGAUAGUACGUGCGCAUGAAUGUGUGAUGGAUGGGUUUGAACGGUUUGCUCAAGGACAUCUAAUAACUCUCUUCUCUGCAACUAAUUAUUGCGGUACUGCAAAUAAUGCAGGUGCUAUUUUAGUUUUGGGAAGAGACCUUGUUGUUGUUCCAAAACUAAUUCAUCCUUUACCACCAGCCAUUAGUUCACCUGAAACAUCACCUGAGCGUCACAUGGAUGACACAUGGAUGCAGGAGCUGAAUGCCAACAGACCGCCAACCCCAACAAGAGGUCGGCCUCAAGUGGCAAAUGAUCGUGGUUCUCUAGCCUGGAUAUAGCAACCUUUUCUUAUUUGGAUGAUUAUCAUGUUGAUUUAUAUGUCACAUGAUUUGAGGCUCCAGCUGGCCGUUUCUUGAUGCCGUUUCUCUUGAAAGUGCCUAAGGGUUAUCAUACUCAACGAUGGGGGAAGAUAGUCUUGACCCUAAGGUUUCAAGGCUCCAGAAAGAAGAAUCAUGAUGAAGAUAUAUUUAUUUCAGGCUGGAGCUCUUCCCGUCGCAAGAAGCAGCUCGGGGUGGCCCGGGUGGGAGUUCGGUUUUUUCUUCUUAAAUGCAAUUGUAGAAUAGAAUGCAGUCUGUGAAAUUACCUGAUUAGUUCCCUUAGAAGUUGGCCUGUGCAUAAUGGUGUCUUCUGCCGUUACCCAUUUGCGGGUUUCUCCUUUUAGGUAUUCGGUAUUCUUUUCUUUACGGUUUUGGCUUUCCCCCGCCCUUUUGGAGAGUGGUUACUUCGCAUGUUUCUCCUCUGUUGAGUGAAUAUAGCAUCUGAGCUUUACGACCUAUAUGAUGUCCUGUAUCAUAGAUAUUCAUACCUGCAACACAUUUUUCUUGUAAUUUUUUUGUGGUGCAGUCAUGUAUAAUGUAAGUUUUGAGUGUAGGAGGAAAACAACUCGGUUUGGUUCAAUGUUGAUUUGCAGAUGUGGAGAUGCUGGGUUGUGCGUAAUUGCUCGAUA